AGAGAGAGAGAGAGAGAGAGAGAGAGAAAAGUCCACCGGAGCGAAAGAGAACAUUCGAAACAGGGACAACCAGAGUAAUUAGUGCCAAGAGCAGGAAGAUCUUUUCUUGAAAGAAUUUUAUCAUGGUCGUCAUCAGCUAAGUGUUUUGGAAAAAGCCGAGCAAGUUUUUGCUUCCUGACACAUGAAGGAUUGGAGGCUCUGCAGUGGGAAGCUACAAACUUGGUGGGUGGAAGAUGAAUCGCUCCUUGGACACUCCGAAGUAUGUUCAGACACACACUUCUGGUAUGCCAUUCUAAGACCAAGAACAGAAACAUAGGAGGAAAAGAGAAGAGAAGGUGAGAUCUAUCGAUCUGGCAGAUCGGGGAAUACACUUUUACGACUUCUGCAGUCUUGUGUUCUUCGUGGGUUGGCCACUUGCUGUGGGAUCAAAGGGAAAGGUGGGAUCUUGGAGGUUCUGUUCAAGGAGAAAGUUGGCAUUACUCGCCAAAAGUUCGGCUUAUUUUGGAAAGCGCUAUAGAUUUCUGGGGGUUUGGUACCGCCGCAUGCGGCGAGAAAAUUUGGUAAAGGUGCGAUCUUGCUGAGUUUGUUCAACAAAAGUUGAGAUUUUUGGGUAAUAAGUCACCACACCGGGAUGCUGACGUCCAGGAAGCUUUCGUUUUUUUCCGAUUCAAGUUGGUAGAUAUGGAUUUCGUUCGUUUCGAGUAUCUAAUUUUGGAGUCUGGGCGUACAAGUUUAGGGUUUCUCGCUCAUUUUUCUAUGUAAAGGAAAGGAUUUCUGGUGUUUCGAUGAUCUGAUCGAUCUUUUUCGCUGUUUUUGGUCCUGUUUGUGGAGCAAGAUAUCUCGAUGCGUUUCUUCCCGCAUUUAAUCUGGAAGAUCUGGCUCUGGAGAUUUUGCUGAUUCUGAGAUCUUGUGGAAGGAAGAAACUUUUGACUUGCUUGCCAUAAGAGCCGCAGAGCGACAGCGACGCUGAUUUCGUUGGAGGGAACUAAAUCUUGGUGAAGAUGUCUUCCUCCCCUCCGCCCUCUUCGUCGGCGAUUCCCCCGUCCUCUUCAACUUCGACUCCACCACCACCAUCUCCUCCUCCUGUUUCUAGCGCACCAUCUCCAUUCUCUCCUUCCUCACCACCAACUUCUCCACCAUCAGUAUCACCGCCACCAUCGAUCGCCAGUUCGCCUCCUCCUGUAACUACCCCCUCCCCGCCGCUGCCAUCGUCAUCUCCACCACCUUCUGCUUCUCCCCAACCACCAAGAGUGUCUCCUCCACCGGCUUCCAGUGCCACCUCUCCACCUGCUUCAGUACCAUCAACACCUCCUACUGCUCCUACUGAUCCUCCACCGUCUUCCGGCUCCCCGCCUCCUGCAUCACUGGCUCCACCAUCCGUGACACCACCUGCAGGUUCUUCUCCAAUAUCACCAUCAGCUAAACCACCUAACAGUUCUCCUUCAUCACCACCUCCAUCAGCGUCGGUAGGCCCGCCUUCGGUGACACCAUCUAAACAUGCAUCAUCACCUGCUGAAUCUCCUCCCCCUAACUUUUCUGGCGGUACGACUCCUAAGCUACCUGAUCGUCCUCCGCCCUUAACCUCUUCCAUUACUCCUCCAGGCAGUAUACCUAGUCCAAGUAAACGAGGUCCCAACACACCAUCGGUUCCUGGUUCAGAUGCGGGACAGGGAGAUGGUGGUCUGAAGACUGGACCUGCUGUGGCUAUUGGAUUGGUGGUGGCUCUCGUGGUACUUAGCAUAGCAGGACUGGCUGUGUGCUUUCUGAGGAAGCGCAAGAAUUCGGUUGCUGGAUGUAAUGCAGGGUUUGUCAGGCCUUCAUCAUUUACAUCUUCAAUAAUGUCGGAUUCACCACUUCCAAUGUCCCCAUCAGCUCCUUGUGUACAUCUUCACAAGUCUGGUAGCAUUGAGACGAUCAACUCACCACCUGAAACAGCAAUAUCUAGUACAACACCAUGGUUUUUGUACAAAGAGCUAUACGAUAUAACCAAUGGCUUUGCACCUCAAAAUAUACUAGGUGAGGGUGGGUUUGGUUCUGUUUUCAAAGGAUGCUUAGCUGAUGGAAGAGAAGUUGCUGUGAAGCAAUUAAAAGUUGGAAGUGGACAGGGGGAGCAUGAGUAUAAAGCUGAAGUUGAGAUCAUCAGUCGUGUGCACCAUCGCCAUUUGGUUUCUCUUGUUGGGUACUGCAUAUCAGACAACCAGAGAUUGCUUGUAUAUGAUUAUGUGCCUAAUGGAACACUUGAAUCUCAUCUUCAUGGGAAAAGAAAGCCAGUAAUGGAUUGGGCCACCAGGGUAAAGGUUGCUGCUGGUGCAGCUCAUGGCAUCGCAUACCUGCAUGAGGAUUGUCAUCCCCGGAUAAUUCAUAGAGAUAUAAAGUCUUCCAACAUCUUGUUGGGCAAUAAUUUUGAAGCUCAGGUUUCUGAUUUUGGGCUUGCAAGGUUAGCUGUGGAUGCUUGUACACAUGUUUCUACUCGUGUAAUAGGGACGUUUGGAUAUUUGGAUCCAGAGUAUGCAUCAAGUGGCAGGUUGACUGAAAAAUCUGAUGUUUUCUCUUUUGGGGUAGUGCUUUUGGAACUUAUUACUGGACGAAAGCCUGUUGACAGUACAAGGCCUAUGGGUGAUGAAAGCCUUGUUGAGUGGGCACGACCAUUGCUUUCCCGUGCACUCGAAACUGGAGAAUUUGGGGAAUUACCUGACCCUAGACUUGAAAAGAACUAUAAUGAAGCUGAAAUGUUCCGAAUGAUUGAAGCAGCAGCAGCAUGUACCCGUCAUUCGGCAGCAAUGAGGCCUCAAAUGGGAAAGGUGGUCAGAGUUCUUGAUUACCUUGCUGACAUUGAUCUUAGCAAUGGUGUCAUUCCGGGACAAAGCAAAGUGUUCCAUGUAGCUCAUUCAGCAGAUGUCAGGAUUUUUCAGCAAUUGGUAUUUGGCCGCCAUGAUUCGAGUUCUGAGUACAGCCAGUACAAUUGGUGCUGUCAGACCGACAUGUAAACAGGUCAUGUUGAUGUUUCUAAAUUUCUUCAGCUCAUGCCAAUGAAUAUCUUCAAGAGAAAGAAAUGGACCAACCACUAAACUGUCUCCAGAGAACAUCACUCAGAGUUCAACACACAAAAUGCUGCUCUGUAUUGUAUGCUCCCUUGAGUUGGAACAACAUAUUGCUGUUCCAGAUUCAUUAUAAGUUCUCAAAGAUAGUUGGCAUUCACCUCUUGCUUCCUUCUGUGAGAUAAAUGUUAGCCUU